GCUUAGAAGUUACCGUCAAAAUGUCUGCUACGAUAAUGUGUCAUUUUACAAUGGAAUCGUUCGAAAUUAUUGAAGAAACGAAGCGAAAUAUUGUGCCUGAAGUAACAAGAUUUAUUAAAAACUCAUCGUUGAAAAAUAAUAAGUGUGGUGCAACGAAAAAUCAGUUGUCAUAUUGCGAACAAGAUAUUCUACGUGAUUACAUUUGUCACGGUUGCGAGGGCUAUCUUUGUUGUAAACAAAGAAGAUUUAUGAGAAUUAAAAGAGGUUGUAGAGGAGUAUCAGUGUGUUGAAUAAAACAUUACCUUUGCUUCCUCCUUAAACAUGUAUUCUGUGCAGAGUUUACCUGCAAAAACAACAGUGGAGAAAAUGUAUUCGAUGAACGAUGCAUUGAACAAAGAAAGAAAUAUGCCAAGCCCAAAGAAGGAAACCAUGUUCCAUAGUGUUUUUAAUGCUCUGAACAUACUUCGGGAGCAAUUCUCUAAAGUUUCUGCUUCAUUCAUAGCAAGCAUUAAUUAUCCAUUGUCUGUAACACUUGUGAACAAUGAAGGUGUAAUUCCUCAAGAUUUUUUUAAAAAUUUGACAAAUAAAAGAGAGUUAUUAGGUACUGAUGAUAUAUACAUCCACAAUACCCAAUUAAAAGAAUCUUUAAAUAUUGUUGAAAGUGUCCACAGUGAUGUAUUUGAUGAAAAGCAACAUUAUGUAGGUAGAAUUUUUAAUGAAAACACAGAAGCUAAUUUAAAAUUUAGCUAUGAAUACAUUGAUAACAAGAACAAAGAUACAAGAUCUGGUAAAAAAGAGUCAGUUAUUAAGGAUGAUAUUAAAAGCAAUACAACUAAUUGUAAUUACUUAGUACCAAUUGAGAAUUCAAACAAGGUAUGUGAGCAGAAAUUGUAUGAAUAUAUUUGUUCAGACAUAAACGCACAGAAAGUAUAUGCUGGAAAUAAUUGUGAAAAUACUUAUAGUAAGAGCACUUGUAAUAAGGAACAAUUUUCCAAUUACGUUUGCAACAGCGUAGACGAUAAGAUGAUCACACAUAUAGAACCACCUAAUUGUUCACCAUCUAAUUUAGACUUGUGUACACAAUCAGUUCAACAAACCACUGUAUCAAAUCUGUUUACAAAUAUGUUCCAAAAAGUUUUUGGCGGUGUAACAAAUCGUUUUUGUAGAACAGACUCUGAAUCGGAUAUCACAAUGAAACGAUCAUUCUUAUCGAAGCAGCGAAGAAAGCUUAACGCUGCAGCAAAAGGUAGGGGUCGAGGACGAGGAAAGUCGCAGCUUAGACGUUCCGGUGUCAGUCAAACAAGACACAGGAAGGAACACACUAAGCACGACAUUGAGGAAGAUAUACAAAGCGAUUUUACCACCUGGCAAGAAUUUGAAAUAUGUCACAUAACAGAAAGUAAAGAAUCAGAAGACUAUUUUAGUGUAGAUGAGGAUACAGUAGAUGGAUUCAGUACUGUACAUUAUGUUAUACCAAAAACAGUUAGCCCUGUAGCAUAUACAUUUGCUGAUGUAAAACCUAAAAUUCAAAAAUCAAAUACACGCAGAAAUGUUGAUCAGGGAAUAUCUAAAUUUUCUGCAAAAAUGAAAAGUAUACCUGAAUGCACAGAGGAAACAAAUAUCUUUGACCAAAAUUUUGUUGAAGAUAGAUACAAUUUACAGAAGAAUACAUUUCGGCCACGCCUGAUAUCAGAAAGUUCUAUCGAUUCAGAAGAUAGUUAUUGUAUAGUCUUUGAAACUAGUUCUGAAGUAACUUAUAAAAGUGACCUUGAUAGUGAGGAGAGUGAAGAAACGAGCGAAGAUGAGGGAGGAUGUAAAGAUGAAGAAUCUGUCCCUCCAGUUCAAAAAGUGAAAUUUAAUUUAAAUCCAGUCGUUCACGUAAUGAUGCAUUGGGAUUAUGCGUACCGUGCGGCUCGGAAAGGUCCAUGGGAGGAGAUGGCUAGAGACAGAGAACGGUUUAGAGGGCGUAUAAAUUGCAUAGAACGUGUUCUUAAUCCAAUAUUAACUACUCAACACAGAACUCACAUUUGGCAAGAACGAUUUGCACUUACUAAAUAACAUUUAUAUUCACCGACCCUUUUAAGGUAACUGCAUCGUUGAAAAUUACAAGGUAUAGAAGAAGAGAUGAUGUAUCAUAGUAAAAGAGAAUAUGUAUAAUAUGUCUUCCAAAAUGAUAAAAUAGGCUGUGAAUAAAUAGUG